GAUCUCUGUUCUUCUGUGAUGGCCGUCAGACUGUGUGAUGUGGCGUCUCUUCUGAGGAGCGGCUCGUGGGCAGCCGAGCCCUGGACUGGGCAGGUGAUUGCUGCCAUGGAGACGCAGCUGUCGAAUGGGCCAGGCUGCACCUCCAACAACGGUCCAAACAGCGUGUCUAAUAACUGUGCGUCGCCCGUGGAGAUGACUGAUGGUGGCAGCGGCGGUGAGGAAAGUAAGACUAACCUUAUCGUGAACUAUCUGCCUCAGAACAUGACACAGGAAGAGCUGAAGAGUCUGUUCGGCAGCAUCGGAGAGAUUGAGUCCUGCAAACUCGUGCGGGACAAAAUCACAGGUCAGAGUUUGGGUUAUGGCUUUGUGAACUAUGUGGAGCCCAAAGAUGCCGAGAAAGCCAUCAACACUUUAAAUGGGCUCAGACUGCAGACUAAAACCAUUAAGGUGUCGUAUGCCCGUCCGAGCUCAGCCUCCAUUCGUGAUGCUAACCUGUAUGUGAGUGGCCUGCCUAAAACCAUGACCCACAAAGAGCUGGAGCAGCUGUUCUCUCAGUACGGCCGCAUCAUCACCUCCAGAAUACUGCUGGACCAGGUCACAGGUGUAUCUCGAGGUGUUGGAUUCAUCCGGUUUGACCGGCGUGUUGAAGCAGAGGAGGCCAUUAAAGGUUUGAACGGUCAGAAACCGCCGGGAGCCACUGAACCAAUCACAGUGAAGUUUGCCAACAACCCCAGUCAAAAGUGUAGUCAAGCGCUGCUGUCACAGCUGUACCAGUCACCCAACAGAAGAUACCCCACUCCACUGGCACAGCAGACGCACAGAUUCAGGCUGGACAAUCUGCUCAACAUGGCAUAUGGAGUGAAGAGUCGAUUCUCACCCAUGACCAUUGACGGGGUCACCAGUCUGGCAGGCAUCAAUCUCCCAGGUCACUCAGGCUCAGGCUGGUGUAUUUUCGUGUACAAUCUUGCGCCGGACGCUGACGAGAGCAUUCUCUGGCAGAUGUUUGGGCCGUUUGGCGCUGUGACCAACGUAAAGGUCAUACGAGACUUCAACACAAACAAGUGCAAAGGAUUCGGCUUCGUCACCAUGAUAAACUAUGAUGAGGCCGCUGUGGCGAUUGCCAGUUUAAAUGGGUACCGUCUCGGUGACAGAGUUUUACAAGUCUCAUUCAAAACUAACAAAACACACAAGGCCUGA